CCCUUUUCGAAUUAUAAAAGUGUACUCGAUAAAAGAAAAAUCAUUUGUUGAUGGAAAUAAUAUUCAAAUUAUCCAUAAGAAAAAAAAAUUAAAAACUGAUUGGGAUGCAUUACUGAAGCAGUGAGUGAAAAACAAAGCAAAAGCAGAAUCAAAUAAUCAAAGAGUAAAAGCAAUAAUGUCAUUGGUGAGGUUCAUUGCACCAUUUAGCAGCAACUUCAUCUUCCAAAAGCACCCACUUAAUUCUUUUCUUGCAUGCCAAACCCUCCCUAAAUUCAACCAUUUGGUCACUAAAUGCGCCCAAUUUACCACUUCUUCCUCUACUGGUGAUACCAGUAAAACAUAUAGAUGGAGACCCAUGUGCUUGUAUUUUACUCAUGGCAAAUGCACCAAGAUGGAUGAUGCUGCGCACCUAGAGGUGUUUAAUCAUGAUUGCUCUAGGGACCUCCCAGUGAAUCCUGCCGAUUUUGAACGCAAGCGUCCCCAAGAUUUUGAUUUUUUCUUGGUCUUUGAUUUGGAAGGGAAAGUUGAGAUUCUUGAGUUCCCUGUACUCAUAAUAGAUGCAAAAACCAUGGCUUUUGUGGAUCUGUUCCACAGGUUUGUCAGACCAACUGCUAUGAGUGAACAAAGAAUAAAUGAAUAUAUUGAAAACAAAUAUGGCAAGUUUGGGGUUGACCGAGUAUGGCAUGAUACUGCUCUCCCAUUUAAUGAAGUUAUUCAGGAAUUUGAAGCCUGGUUGACUCUUCACAAUUUGUGGGAAAAGAAGCACGGUGGAUGUCUUAAUAGGGCUGCAUUUGUUACGUGUGGAAAUUGGGAUGUGAAAACACAGAUCCCGCGUCAAUGUGCAGUUUCAAAGGAUAAUGCAACUUAAGAUUGAUGCUCGCCAAUACCAGAUUGACAUCAAGGUAAACCAAAGGGGCAAUUUAGAGCAUGAAAGUGAUACAACACAAACUAGAUAUGUUUUUCUCUUUUUCUAAAUUUCCCUCUUCCCUCCCUAUUAAAACAAUUUCGAAACCCAAGUUCUUUUUUUUUCCAUUUUUUUCUUUCGGGACUGGUGGAUCAGUCGAUUGGAAUUUGGAAUGAACCUGUCUUUUUCUUUCCUCUAGAAGGGACUACUACUUUCUUAGUCAAAAUUUAAUAAGAGAAGAAAGCAUAGAAAAGAAUAAUUUUGAUUUGAGGCUUUGCCUUUACGAUUUCAGUAAGCAAAAAAGAAAACGAAAAAAUUCAACGCUAUAACAACAUUCCCAAUCACUCAGUUUGAUCCUUGCGUAAGGACUGCACGUGUACCUUCCAUCUUUUUCUAGUCUCUUGGUUUUAGGGAGUGUGAGUAACUGAGUCCUGCCCCGGGAAGUUGCUUUACAGGAUCAAAGUGGGCUUUAUUCAAUGUAAUGCUUUAUGCUUUGUUGGUUCAGCUGGAUUUCUUAUCCAAGUUUUAAGAUUGUGUAUCUGUUUCUUCUUCUUGUCAACUAGAUCCUUAGUCAUUACUGAGCUGAAAAUUUAUGCUUCACUAAAGAGUAGAGAAGUUUUGUAGCUUACUUUUGAUUUGAUUUUUUCGACACUAGAGUAAACCAAAGUGACAAUUCGAGGAAUGAAUCUGAAGGUUUACAUUAACCGAAUCAAAUCCAGAUAAUUGCAAAUUUUGGUUAACCGAACAGAAAAUUUAUAUAAAUGCUUGGCAUCAUUUGGUUUUUGCCUUUGUAUGA